AUGCCGAUUCAAGCGGAACUGGAACCUGAAUUUCUCCAAGCUCUGGAGAACCACACAGUCACACAAGGAAGGGACGUGGCGUGGAUUAAGUCAGACUCGAAGGCGAUUCUGGCUAUACACACGAACAUGGUGGCGCUGAAUCCUCGGUUGAGCGUCACUUACAACAACCACAAUACGUGGAAGUUGCACGUAAGCAACGUGCAGGCCAACGACUCUGGCACCUACAUGUGCCAAGUCAACACAGACCCUAUGAAGAGUCAGAUGGGUCAUUUAUCCGUGGUGAUCCCGCCGGACAUAGUGGACAGUGUGACAGAGGGUAGCUCGGCACAAGAGGGCGGGAGUAUAAGAUUGACGUGCACCGCAACAGGGGUGCCGCCGCCGACCGUGUUGUGGCGACGGGAGCACAACCGACCCAUAGUGUUUAGACACGACGGUGGCAGGGAGCGAAAAGUGGUGGACAGUCACAGAGGUGAGACCCUGGAGUUGGCUCACGUGCAGAGGACUGACAUGGGUGCCUACUACUGCAUCGCCAGCAAUGGGAUACCGCCCACAGUCAGCCGACGGUACCACGUGGAAGUGCAUUUCAUACCGCAAGUCAAAGUCACCAAUCAACUAGUAGGAGCUCCACUCGGCAGCGACGUAGAACUCCAGUGUUUCAUCGAAGCCUCUCCUAAAGCUAUGAACUCCUGGUACCGAGAAGACGCACUAUUAAGCGACAAAUUGACCGAGAACCCGAAACUUCGUGUAUCAGAAACUAUAAUGAACGAGUACUCACUUUGGAUAAACUUGACUAUAAAGUCCUUGGCUCUCGCAGACUACGGAACUUAUGUGUGCGCCUCUGUCAAUGCACUGGGAAAGAUGGAGAGCCAAGUCAGUUUGCAUAGACUAGAACUAAGCAUGAACGGUUUCGGUGCCGAGGAGCCGAUGGUCUCGGGCGCAGCGUGGCAGCGCGCACGCAACUCUCCGUCCCACCGCGCGCAGCCGGCCGCGUCGCAUGCGCAUCAAUACUUCCUCGCGCAACACCUACCCCCGCAGUUAUACGCUUUACUACUAACUGUGCUGCGAUAUAUACAUACCUUCUAAACGUUUGUAAAAUGUUCUGUGAUCUAAGUUUAUGUUGAAUAGAUGUUGAUUAAAAACCUCUUUCAAAUUCUUUAUCUUCUGUAAUCCCAAAACACUGUACUUGAAACUUUUUGUUCAAUUACCAUCUAAUAGAAAUUUUCAUAUUUAUUAAUACUUACUUGAGUAGAUGGCUUAUUUUCAUAUCCGAUAUAAUUUCGACGGCAAACCUUCCUAGAAGGUCGAUAAUUUGUUGAACAACAAUUCUGAAUUUGAAAGUUAUAUCUAUUCAACAUAAGUUUAGUACGACGAGCAGUAUGUGCCACAAUAUUGUACAGAUAUUCAUGGAUAUGGCGUGUUAAUUGUUGAAAUGUUUUAAAAGAACAAAAGAAAUUACCCUUCAAUUUUAUACCUAUGGUUAAAGACAUAAGGGCUACCGCGAAUGAGUUUACCACCAGAAUCACUAGUGUAAGGAUAUUUUAUUGGAUGAACUAUUCGCUAAUACUCAGUAAUUGGCCAAUCAAUUUUUGACAGCAACAGUGAUUGAACAAAAUGUCACUACGCGUUACAUUAGUGACAUCUGGUGGCUAGAACGGGGUAGCCCUCAUUUUUUCUACUGGGUACUUACAUACGCAACGCAAAGGA